AUGUCCUACGCACGUCCUGGCUUUCUUGCCUCGAUUGUCGCUAGCGUCGACAAGGAGCCAGACUCAAGAGAAGUUGCAGCUGUAUGUGCAGUGGUAGAGAAGCGGAAGCAUGCUGAUUUGGCAGCCGCGCGGCAACUUGAAUGCCAGAAGAACAGAAAUUUGGUCCAUGUCGCCGAAGAAGAGGACGACGUUCGCGUUAGAGACCAAGACGCUGAAGUCGUUGAAUCGCCAGACAACCCCGACGAUCUAGAUAAAAUGGGUCCUGGUGGAAUGCGCCAGCAGUUCAUUCGAUCUAUACCUCACUUCGCGCGCCUCAACGAGAAGACAAGAGACUUGCUACCACAAUACAUAUUCCGUGUGGUACAUUCGGAAUCAGCUGGGAAAGUUUUCGAGAAGGAUGGCAUAACACAUUUCGAGUCUCAUGCUGUACACACACAUGGUUCCUCCGCCUUUGACGCUUUCACGCAAGAUGAGAUUACAGAUCAGCUUCGCGCUCAUAUAUGUGGAUGGACUUCGACUGGUGGACAGCCCUUCUCUAGCCAUUUCAUCUCAACGACGGACUCAUUCGAGUGCGCACUAAACCGAGCUGAGAGACACGUGGUGAAUAAAGGAACAGACAUUACAAUCUAUGUGAUCGACACCAACAGUCUACAGCAGCCAACUGUAGCCAUUCUCAUGUUUCUUGCUUUGCAGGCAUGGAACGUCUCCUCGAAGUUGCCAGAAUGGCGUAACGAAUUGUACAGAUACGGCUCUCUCACCGAGUGGCUGUUCUGGGACGAGAUUGCUGCCAGCUGGGUUGAUCGUAUCGAAUACCCGAAAUUUGCUAACCCCAAACGAACAUCUGAUAAUCGUUGGAAGCUCAGUCUUCGAGACGUAAUUCCUGAUGUCGUUGACGCGGCUCGUGGUGAUGAGAAUACAAAGAGAGGAGUGCCACGUACUAUACUGCACGCAGCUCUUUACUCCACACAGCGAAUGGAGGAGGAGAGACGUUAUUUCGACCUCAGCGUCUUCGUGGGACGUUGUGGCCCCUUACCAGACGCGCCUGCUUCGGUCAAGAGAGAUAAGAGAGCUAACAUCAGUGCACAACAUAUCGAGGACGUUUGGACUUUGGCAUCAGCGACCAAUAGCAAGAAUUUGGUGUUUAUGUGGAUUUUGUCAUUGACAACUCAAAGAUUCUACUUUGACAGCAUCGUACGUGGAGUGGUGCAGUAUCAUCCGGAAGUGGUAGUAGACACUUUACAUGUCAUGUCUGGUGGCGAAGAUGCUGGCGCAAUGAAGACCUUGGUUUACUACAUGCCUGGCCCUCACUGCUUCGGAAGGGUAGACGUCAACCAAUACCAGAAGCUGAUGGAGGCCUGCAUUGUUCAGUGGGACUUGUUGCAAAAAGUGAACGCGACGUCAUCUCACCGACCUGCUAUCUACAUUGCGACUGGACCAGCAAGACCACUUCGAAACCUGUUGCAAUUGAAAGAGCUUGGACUCCUUGGGAAAUGCCGAAUCGAACCAAUCCUCAAAGAUCACGGUGUGACUGUCGGCCACCCAGACCUGAAGACAGUGGAAACUCGUGCUCGGCGGGUGCUUCAACGUGAGACUGAUGAAGAGUUCCGUGCCCGACGUAGGGCAGAUUAUGGGGACAAGUUUUACCCACCUACCGAGAAGCCUCUGGUCACCACAAGAAGAGUGAAGGAUCGUGGUCAUCUACGUCGCUACGAUAAGAAGGUCGCCACCGACUACAGCUGGGGCUUUAGCACCAACCAACAACCCACGUCAACGGCAGAAGCAGCACUAGGCGACAAGUCUGAUGCAUCUCAACUUCCGAUUAAACGGGACGAGCGCAAAUUAUUGCUCGCGCAAGCUCGUCAACCCCCUACAGUUGGUAGCACAAUUCUUUCUGCACUGACCGAGACGAAAUCAAUUACAUCUGAGCUUUGA